AGGCGGUGAUUGGAGGAGCGGGUGGGUGACGUCACGCACGCGCCGGUGUAAGGAGGAGGAGAAGCAGUGCGCAUGCGCAGCUGAGCCAAACAAGAGCAUGACGAAGCUCCUGCGUUGCCUGUGGGGCCUGGGCCUCUUUGGCGUGGCGUGGGCCGCCCUGGCGCUGGACCCGCUGGACCUGCGCCCGCUUCCGGCCCCGUGGCCCCAGGUCCUCCGCCCGCUGCCCGCGUACCUGCUGGUGUCCUUUGGCUGCUACUCUCUGGCCGUGGUGGGCUUCCGCUUGGCCACCUUCAACGACUGCGAGGAGGCCGCUCGAGAGCUGCAGGACCAGAUCCGGGAAGCCAAGCAAGACCUGGCCCGGCGGGGGCUCCGGCUCUGAAGAAAGGGUCUCCCUCUUGCUUUGCAAAAACAUUGCAAUCUAAACAAUUUUGCAAGCAACCUCCGGGUGUGUUUUUGCAUCUGCUGCCGUGCAGCCGGUGCACUUUCCUGGCAAUUUUGCCCCGCCGAACCACUAUUGCCGUCAGCCCUCAAUUAACCAGAACUCUCAAGCAACCGGCAAACACAUUGGGAAGAAAUAAAUACUAUUUUUGUAAUAUAUUAAAACUAUGACACGUUGCA